CACACGUUGGAGCGGAAGUGAUCUGCCGGCCUGCAUGUGAGACUCCGGGCUAUGGAGGAGCCCAUGCAGACUGAGUCCAAGCUCUGCGCCGAAGCUGGGGCGGACUCUGGUUCCCUGGUUCCCGGCUGCAGCCUCCGGCACUUCGCAUGCGAACAGAACUUGUUGUCCCGACCGGAUGGCUCUGCCUCUUUCUUGCAAGGCGACACCUCAGUCCUGGCGGGUGUGUACGGGCCAGCAGAGGUGAAAGUCAGCAAGGAGAUCUUCAACAAGGCCACGCUGGAAGUGAUCCUGAGGCCCAAGAUCGGGCUGCCAGGAGUGGCAGAGAAGAGCCGGGAGCGCCUGAUCAGGAACACUUGUGAAGCUGUGGUGCUGGGUGCCCUGCACCCCAGAACCUCCAUCACCAUGGUACUACAGGUUGUCAGUGAUGCAGGCUCUCUCCUCGCCUGCUGCCUGAACGCUGCCUGCAUGGCACUGGUGGAUGCAGGUUUGCCCAUGCGGGCCUUAUUCUGCGGGGUCACCUGUGCCCUGGACUCUGAAGGGACGCUCACACUGGACCCCACAGCCAAGCAAGAAAAGGAGGCCAGAGCAGUCCUGACCUUUGCGCUCGACAGUGUGGAACGGAAGCUGCUGAUGUCCACCACCAAGGGGCUCUACUCUGACGCUGAGCUCCAGCAGUGCCUGGCUGCAGCCCAAGCAGCUGCGCAACACGUCUUCCGCUUCUACCGGGAAUCACUGCAGAGGCGUUACUCCAAGAGCUGAGGCAGGCUGGGGCAGGCCACCCCUCCUGCUCCCGCCCCCGCCCCCGCCACCCACUACCUCCAGCGCAAAGAAGACCCAUGGCCCAGCUUUGCCUCUCUGUCCCAUCAGCCCAGAUGAGCAAGCGAGCUCGUGGUCCCGUGGCUGCAGGGGCCCUCGACCUGCUGAGAACUUGGCUACAGUCCUCUCCCCGGCUCAGGAAAACUACCAGAACCACACCUUGGUUGAACCUACUCAUUCUACACAGCUAUACUUUUAACACAAGGGAAGGACCAGAACACUGCUCCAUCCAGCCUGAGCACCCGCAGGGAGCAAGACCCAGAUCCCGUGUUCCAGAGCCCACAAGUCAAUAAACAAAAUAAAGGUGUUGAACUGCU